UUGACUCAUUUUUCCUAUUCUCUAGCUACUGUUCGGUAUGUUAUCUGUCUCUGUUUUUCUUUGUAUUAAUAGACUGUACUGUUCGUUUGCACACUAACGAUGUUAAUUUAUGUUUUAGAAACAGAUAAAGUUAUAUAGCCAAAUAGCUUACUUGUUCUGACUUUGGCCAAACCAAGACUCUGUACUCGACAGGCUAGAGAUUAGUUUAGAGUUGAAUCUGUGGGAAAUUGCUUCCUACAAAGUUUCGAACAGUAACUCAUCAAAGUUUCGUACAUUGGGUACCUAUGGAGAGUCGUAAAACUGAUCAUAUUCCUGAAUUGUCUCCUCAUUAUUCAGAAACCCAUAGUGAUGACCAGCUCGGAGGAAAUACCUACCGAAUAGAUCCCUUGUUAGAGUUAGAAUUAGCUAAAGUACGUUUAGCUCAGACAGAAAAAGAAAUCGAGCUAGAACGGUUACGCCAAAAAGGAAGAGAACAUUAUGAUCAAGUUAUGGUUGACAAGGCGAUGACGUAUGAGUCUACAUCUGUCGUCGAUGUUCCUCCUAGAAAAGACUGGGUAACAAUGAUGUCUAGAGCUUUAGACCUACCAAAGAAAGAGAUUAUAAGGUUUGAUGGUAACCCUAUGAACUAUUGGAGCUUCAUACGGAAUUUUCAGGAUUGUUUUGACGAGAGCAUCGGGUUCCGAUCUAGGUUAAACUAUUUGAUCCAGUACUGUGAUGGUGAAGCUAAAAACACUAUUGUUCAUUGCGCAUUGCUUGAGCCAGAAGAAGGCUAUCGUAAAGCACUAGAACUUCUCGAGGAAGCAUUUGGUCAGAAGCAUAUAGUAGCCCAUGCUUUUAUUGAUAAGAUGCUGAACAUCCCUGCCAUUAAAGGGACCGAUCCAUAUAAUUUAAGAAGGUUGUCUCGUGAGAUGCAUAUUUGUGAGCUAACACUCACGCAGAUGAACUAUGUAUCUGAUCUUAAUUCUACAAAGACUAUCGAAUGCAUGUUUUUAAAACUCCCUUUAUACCUGCAAAGAGAAUGGGUUAAAGUUGCGUGUAGAAUUCUUAAGACAGGUAGAGAACCUUCAUUCAAGGACCUUUGUGAAUUUGUGAAAGAGCAGUCGGACAUUGCUAAUACUAGGUACGGCUUACUUGUCAACCACGGUAGUAAUAGUGGCAAUAAAGAUGUUGGUGUUUUAAAAAGGAAAAUUAAUACAGAUUACAAUGCAGCAAGAAUAUCUUAUGCGAGUGCUAGUGAUGAUAAUGCUCUCUUACGCAGUUCAUCUUGUUUGGAGUGCUCCAGUAAUCAUUCUUUAGAUCAAUGUCAGAAAUUUAAAGACAAGAAUGUUAGAGAAAGGAAGGAAUUCGUUCUUAGACACAAGUUGUGUAAUGUAUGCCUGAAGGCAAACCACGUAGCAAAAAACUGUCGAUCGCCGAGGUCGUGUGCUGUCGAAGGGUGUGGCUGGAGACACCAUACCCUGUUACAUGAGUUGCGGGAAGAACCAAGGAAUACUAAUAUUGAUGCACACAUUAACACCCAGCUAUGUACGGAGAAAAGUGUAGAGAGUGUACAGAAACAAGCAGCAUUCGCAAUAGUGCCUGUACUGGUAAGAAGUGGAGAAAAGGUAGCACAGACUUGCGCCUUCUUAGAUAGUGGGUCGGAUGCCUCUCUUAUUACAGAAGAUCUAGCUAAAAGGCUGAAUUUAGAAGGAGAGCCUAAGACGAUUUCGUUGAAAACGUUGGAUAACCAUUCCACAAUUCAGUGUAAAGAGGUUCAACUAGAGGUUUCAUCCUUAGACUCGUCUUCGUCAUUUAGAAUCCCAAACGUAUGGACAGUCGAGAGAUUACCUAUGUUGCGCAGGACGGUACCAACGACGUCUCAAAUGAAAUCCUGGACGCAUUUAAAAGACAUAAGUUUUCCUAGAGUAGAGGAUGAGAAUGUCGAACUGUUGAUCGGGUGCAAUGCACCGAGUGUACACGAAAUGAAAGAGGUAAGAACUGGAAAGCCGAAUGAACCAUUCGCCGUGAAGACUCCAUUAGGUUGGACGCUGUUCGGUUCCUAUGGGGAACCCUGUAAAAGCAAUCGUGUACUCAAUCACCUCUCAGCUAAAGAGGAAUUAGAGGAUAAGUUCGGACAGUUGUACUCAACUGAAUUCAAAGAUCCAUUUAGUCGUACUAUAUCGAUGUCUGUAGAAGAUCGUAUAGCACUCAGUGCUAUAUCACAUUCAGUACAAAGGUUAAACGGGCACUAUCAAAUAGCUCUACCUUGGAGGCACAACCACAAGUUACCUAAUAACAGAAGGAAUGUUUUAUCGCAUGUAGCAUCUAUCUUUGAUCCAAUUGGGUCUGUAGCCCCAAUAAUAUUACCGGCUAAAGUGAUCUUACAAGAUACCUGUCGUCAGAAACUAGACUGGGAUGCCGAGUUACCCGUAGAUUGUCAAACAAAGUGGAAUAAUUGGUGUAGACAUAUAAAAGGGUUAGACCACCUAAGAAUAUCAAGGUGUUUGAAACCAGGGUUUGAACCAUCAUCUGCGCAAAUUCAUUGUUUUCCCGACGCCUCCGAGCUUGCGUAUGGUGUUGUUGCGUAUAUUCGUUAUAAAAGUGUUUUUGGUCAGAUCCAUUGUUCAUUCUUGCUAGCUAAGUCUAGGGUUGCUCCUCUAAAACUUGUUACUAUACCCAGAAUGGAAUUAACGGCCUGUGUUUUGUGUGCUAAGAUUGGAAGGCAUGUAAGGGAACAGUUAAGUAUCCCCAUUUCGUCAGUUAUUUAUUGGACCGAUUCGACAGUUGUGCUUCAUUGCAUAAGAAAUACGACUAAGAGGUUUGAAAGGUUUGUGAGUAACAGGUUAGAAACUAUACACGAGUUGUCUACGCCAAGCCAAUGGAGAUAUGUGAAAGGUAAAUUGAAUCCUGCAGAUCACGCGUCUCGUGGAUUAUCACUAAAUGAUAAAGCUAAGGUAAGAGAGUGGUUACAAGGGCCGAGAUUCUUGUGGGAGGAAGAAAAUAAGUGGCCUAACCUAGAAAAGAUUGAGAACACUAUAGCCCAUGUAUUGACAGAGGAUUUCGGACUCCCAAGACACGAUGAUGAGUUCCUAGAUCGAUUUCGUACGUGCAAGUCGUGGUCCAGACUUCUAAGGGUAUUUUCAUACUGCAGACGGUUUAUCAAUAAUAUGUUAAACAAGAGGAACGGAAAUCGUCUAACCUUAGGCGCGCUAAGUGCUGAGGAUAUCGAAAAUUCGAAGAGUGACAUAAUUAAACUAGUCCAAAGUGUCGCGUACCCGACCGAAAAAAGAAUUCUAAACAGCUCACUGUUGACGCUCGGAGAAAACGCUUUUAGACAGCAAAAAGGCCAAGAAGCAAUGGACGAGGUGAACAGGAGAAAAAAAUUAAUUCGUCAAAGUUCUAUAAGAAAUCUCAACCCUUUUAUGUUUGAAGGCAAAAUCCGCGUGGGAGGACGUUUGCAGUUAUCAUGUUUACCAUUUGAAACCAAAUAUCCGAUUAUUCUUCCUAAUAAUCAUUUUGUUACAGAUAUGAUUAUAAUGCGUUAUCAUGUAAUUAACGCACAUGUUGGAGUUACUCAAACUCUGAGUAGUAUUCGUGAGAAGUAUUGGAUUGUUAGAGGAUAUUCUACUGUUCGGAAGGUUCUAAAACGAUGCUAUUUAUGUAGAAGACUUUAUCCCAAACCAUGUUCCCAAUUAAUGGCACCGUUGCCGGAGUACCGAGUAGAGACUCAUUCACCAUCCUUUAGUCAAGUAGGCGUGGAUUACUUCGGACCGUUCUAUGCCAAACGUGGUAGAGUUGUCGAGAAACGUUAUGGCUGUUUAUUCACCUGCUUAUCUAUUAGAGCCGUUCACAUCGAAAUGGCCUACUCUUUAGAUACAGAUUCAUUUCUAUGCGCAUUAUCAAGAUUUAUUGCCAGAAGAGGAUGUCCAAAACGUAUUUUCAGCGAUAACGGCACAAACUUCCGAGGUGCAGAUGUCAGUUUGAGACAGAUUAUACGCUCCUGGAAUACUAAUAAAAUAGAAAACCAUCUUAAAGAACGAGAAUGUGAGUGGCGUUUUAACCCACCCAGAGCAAGUCAUCGAGGUGGUGUGUGGGAACGCAUCAUAAGAUCAAUUAGAAGAAUCUUAAGAGUGCUUUUAUUCCAAAACGUGUUGACCGAUGAAACUCUGCAAACUUUUUUAACUGAGGCGGAACGGAUACUGAAUGACAGACCUCUGGUUAAGAUGACAGAUGACCCUGGUACCCUAGAAGCUCUUACUCCGAACAAGUUGUUGUUGAUUCAUAAAAAAUUAUCAUUCGACGAUGCUUCGGUGGAUAAGACGUUAUUAUACAACAAAAGAUGGAAAGAAGCUCAAAGACUAACCACCGCAUUCUGGAAUAGAUGGAUAAAAGAAUAUUUACCGACUCUCCAAGCAAGAGACAAAUGGUUGGACUUACACAAGAACUUACAACCGGGUGACUUAGUCCUCGUUAGUAACGUCGAAAUGAAUAGAGGUCUAUGGCCUAAGGCUAUAGUCGAGCAAGUAAGCUAUGGCCCGGACGGACGAGUCCGUACGGCAAAGUUGAGAACUUCAAACGAAGAAAUCGUCAGAGAUGUGCGAAGCCUAUGUCUGCUGGAAGAAGCCGGUUGUCUGACGGCGACGACGGCCCUGGACAAUGGACGUGGUGCGCGUUUCGGGGGGAGUGUAAAAUGUGAUCGAUAAACGAACCCACCAAUAAUAAAGGGAAACGCCCACCACCACAUUAACUCCUUUUGACCUUGUACGACUGUAUCUUUUUAUUAACCAAUCACAGUUUAAUGUUUAUUGUAAGACGAUUUUGGCUUGUUGACUCAUUUUUCCUAUUCUCUAGCUACUGUUCGGUAUGUUAUCUGUCUCUGUUUUUCUUUGUAUUAAUAGACUGUACUGUUCGUUUGCACACUAACGAUGUUAAUUUAUGUUUUAGAAACAGAUAAAGUUAUAUAGCCAAAUAGCUUACUUGUUCUGACUUUGGCCAAACCAAGACUCUGUACUCGACAGGCUAGAGAUUAGUUUAGAGUUGAAUCUGUGGGAAAUUG